GUUGUACCAGAAAUUACUUGUUGUUAGAACAUGCAUCGGCAGUUCUACUGAGACGUACGUUUCUUGAGAGCUUUUUAGAUGAGUUAUAGUUCAAAUUUCAAACUUUUCCUGAUAAUUAUAGAGUUUAGCAGGUAUUAGUUGAUUAAAUUGAACAAUGAGUUGUUAUUUCAGGUAGGAACUACGAUUUACAACUCAAUUAUCAGUAUUAAAAAAGAGAAUCAACUUUGCAAUUUUUUUAAUUAUUCCAAAUAUUUGCGGAUUGUUUGAGAGUUACUAACUUAUAUUUACGUUUUUUUAUUCAGAAGAUGACUCAGAACGUCUGACUUGAACCUUUUUUGAACUGUAGUCUCACAUUAUAUUACUUUCGGUGGAAGAAGCAUAGUUAGUAAAUUCAUCUACCAUUUUUUGAAGUACGUUAUGGAUUUUAUUUGUUCGAAAAUGUGGAUUGAUUUUAUUGUUGUUUCUGUAAUAAUUGUUAAUUACGUGAGAGUUUCAUCGUGUUUUUAUAUUGAAUCUGAAGCAAUGAAGCCGUGUCCUGAAGUACAGCCUCAGAAGAAUAUCGAUGUUGAUAAGUUAUUGGGCACCUGGCACCUCUCACUGCUAGUUCUCGAUUCAGCACACGAAGACUUCGUUGAGACGGAAAUGUGUGUGACUGGAGAAAUCAGCCGACUCAACUCCUCACUCAUCCGCCAGAUGUGGACUGUCCAAUCGGAGGACCUCUUCAAUGAGCCCAGUGCGAUCCUGGAGUUCCCGACGACUGUCGACCAAAAUGGCAUAUGGAAAGUCCAUACGCCUCUUGGAGGUGAACUGAAAGCAACAGUUUUCGACUAUCACCCAAGCAGUCAUAUUAUUGUGACACAUUGUGGCCUGCAUAUGGGCAGGUUGGUACACCUGUGGACCGCUGCCGUGACUAGAAGCAGGACGCUUUCACCCAUUUUGAGACUGCGAAUGACUUCAGCACUCAUUGAAAACGGUUUCGAUCCUGUUGUCAGCAAAGUGAUCACUUGGCAUAAGUGUUAGAUUAUGGAGAAUUGAGACAAUAUUGAAUAAAUUGGAUACAUAAUUAAACAAAUUAAUAAAUUUAUUAAUUAAUUAAUUGGACUUCAUAUACUGUUUUUGGUGAGAUAUUGUGAUAUUUAUACAUAAUAGAACUCAAAAAUAUUGUCUAGAAAUAUCACAAAUUUAUUUAAAAAAUACAAACGUGUUUCAACACACUGAAGAUGACACCAUAGGUAUUGAAAAAUGUUUGUAACUUUCUAAUAAAUUCGUGAUUUUUUUAGACAAUAUUCUAGUGUUGAACAUUACAGUAUGGUACCGUACUUGAGAUGUGUAAAAUAUUCAUUAAAAAUUCUAGAUUGUGUGAGUGGGCUAUUGAAGGUUGGAGAAAAGGAUGCAUUAUCACAAGUAUUUUUAAAGUAUAAAAAAUUACUCCAAUAAUAUAUGAAGCACUCUUAUCGAAUUUCCAUCUAGCUGUUUACCCUGUUGUCAAUAUUUGCAGUAGAAGAAGUCUUUGGGGAGAUUUAAAGCAUUUGAUUGGGAUUUUCGUUUAAUAAUAGUUAUUUCUUAAUUAGAAUUUGAACAAAUGCAUCUUCCAAUGUAUUUCCAUCUGCACACUCUCACUACCUACUCUUAUUUGUAAAUUCUUCAAAGUCAAGCUAUUCUGACUUUAAGUCAGAACUUCUUAAUAUUAAUUAAAACUUUUUCCAAGUAUGCUAGGUACUUUUCUAACGUUACUUUUAUGCUGAAUUUUGUUUUGGAUAUGAUUUGCAGUCUAUUUGUUUCAUUUUUAUGUUAAGGGAGCACAUGGAAGGGUUUUCCAGUUGCUUCUAUUGUGAAUAAAUAAAUAUAUUCAACUUUCUCUACAAAAAUUACAUCGUAAUUAUUAUAAAAAACAAGGAUAUUGUCAAAUUUCACUAAAAAC